ACCCGGGUUUGGCAGUAUGGUGUCAGAGGAGGGUCAUGAACCGUAACUCCUUCUGAGGCAACCCGAGCCCAAGGUCCCUGCAGCCUGGGCCAGGUCGCCGUGCCCUCACUGGCCUAGCUUCUGUGUCUCUGUCCACUGGGGAGCAGGGAGUCGGGGGAGCUGGGCUCCUGGUCAGGGAGCAUUCCGCCUGCCGGCCAGUAGGGCAGCCCAUGCAGCUGAGGGGCUGCGGCGCCUGCGGUGGUGGUGGUGGUGGUGGUGGUGGAGCAGGAGGAGGAGGAGGAGGAAGAAGAAGGGGAGUAGAAGGCGGCGGGCUCCGCGGCUCCAGGGCGGGCAGGGGGAGGGGGCCGGGCAGACAGUGGCUAGGCACUCUCCUUUGGGCUCGGUGAUCCCUUGGCCGCGCGGAGGAAGGGAAGAAGGAGCAACAGCAGCAGCAGGAGGAAGCCGGGCCGCAGCGUCGCGAGCGCCGGAGCAGGAAGAUGCUGCUGUCCCUGGUGCUCCACACGUACUCCAUGCGCUAUGUUCUCCCGGCCGCCGUGAUGCUGGGCACAGCCCCCACCUACAUCCUGGCCUGGCUGGGCUGGCGCCUCUUCUCCUUGUUCAUGCCGGGAGCACGCAUCUAUCAGGAGGUGGACGAUCGCUUCUACACCAUCUACCAGAGCAUGGUACUCUUCUUCUUCGAAAACUACACCGGCGUCCAGAUAAUACUAUAUGGGGAUUUGCCAAAACAUAAAGAAAAUAUAAUAUAUUUAUCAAAUCAUCAGUGCACAGUUGACUGGAUUAUUGCUGACAUUUUGGCAAUCAGGCAGAAUGCUCUUGGACAUGUACGCUAUGUUCUGAAAAAUGGCUUAAAGUGGCUUCCAUUGUAUGGGUGGUAUUUUUCUCAGCAUGGAGGAAUCUAUGUAAAGCGAAGUGCCAAAUUUAAUGAAUUGGAAAUGAGGAACAAGCUGCAGAGCCAGAUGGAUGCAGGCACUCCAAUGUAUCUUGUGAUUUUUCCAGAGGGAACAAGGUACAAUCCAGAGCUAACAAAAGUUAUUUCAGCUAGUCAAAUAUAUGCUGCUGAACAAGGCCUUGCAGUGUUAAAACAUGUCCUGACACCAAGAAUAAAGGCAACAUACGUUGCUUUUGACUGUAUGAAGAAUUACUUAGAUGCAAUUUAUGAUGUUACGGUAGCAUAUGAAGGUACUGUGGAUCAAACAGGAAAGAGAAAAGAAGCACCUUCUAUGACUGAGUUUCUCUGCAAAGAAUGUCCAAAAGUUCACAUUCAUAUUGAUCGCAUAGACAAAAAAGAUGUUCCAGAAGAACAGUUGUCUAUGAGAAGAUGGCUUCAUGACCGCUUUGAAAUAAAAGAUAAGUUGCUGAUAGAAUUCUAUGAUUCACCGGAUUCCCAAAGAAGAAGCAAGUUUCCAGGGAAAUGUAUUAAUUCCAAACUAAGCCUCAAGAAAACUUUGCCAUCUUUACUGUUCUUAGGUGGUCUGACUGCUAGUAUGCUCAUGACAGAGUCUGGAAGGAAAUUGUAUGUCAAAACUUGGAUAUAUGGAACCGUAAUUGGCUGCUUGUUGGUUAAUAUUAAAGUGUAAGCAAAUGCUGUCUCCAAUCAGUGGAAUGUGCUAUCCUGUCUCUUGAGAGGCAGCUGCAUAUUUCACCAAACUGUUUCCUGAAUUUAUAAAAAAGUGUAAAUAAAGCCUUAUUGAUUGAACAUUGGAUAAAUUACAAUUUGUGAUUUCAGCCUAUUUGUGGUUGGUCUCGGAUAAGCAUACAAAAUUUUACAUGGUUACCCUUGAAUUUGCUGUAAAGUGAGUAGAUAUACUGAGUUAUGUUAUACUUUGCAUUCCCCAUGAACUUAAUGUCUGUUUUGGAUGAACUACAGAAGAUUAAUGGAAUUGUACAGUUUGUUAUUUUUUAUGUAAUUCAAGUGGAUCAGUGAAUAUAUUCCUGGAUAUUACUUUUCAGUACAUAUUCUUUCACCUUUUUUGUUAUUUCAGGUUUUUUAUUCACCACUUGUGACUGUAUACUAAUUGUAGGUAACAAAGCUAGUGUUUUACAAUUUUGUGACUUUUGUUGUUUUUGUUCAGUGUGUUGUUUCACACCAGUCUAUGAAAUUACUACCUGGAUCAUGAAAUGUAUAAAGAAACAAGAAAUGUUUAUGGGGAAGAAGCUCUGUUUACCAAGUCUAGCUGAUUUAAUUACUUACAUAUGUGAAACAUUUUAACUGUGUCUCUAAUUUUUAAUCAAAUCAGCCUAAUUUUCACACCCUGUUCUGUGCACAAAAGAAUGUGUAAAGUAUAAUGAAAAUUAAGUCUAAGCUAAAAUUGUGACCUAACCAAAUUGUAGGAAAGCAUUUAAAAGAAUUGUUCAGUUCAAUAAAGAUUUCAGCUAAGCUAACUAGAACAUACGUGCCAUAAAUAGUAGAUCAUUUAAGUUUUCUGUUACUUCAUAAUUAUCUGAGCAAUCAAUUUGAAUUGUAUGUUUAUCCUUUUACACUUAAUGGGUCAAGAGUAUAUUUGAGGUAACAUAAAGCACUCAAAUGUUUCUACUAAACUGUUAAGCAUGUGCCUUUUGCCUACGAGUCUGAUUUUUAAUUUAGUUAUUUGUAAAAAAGAAAAUGAUCUUUAUUUUACUGUCAUAUAAUUCCAUCAUAUUUUAGUAAUCUUCAUUUGGAUUGGAGAUUGUAGUGUUGAGAUGUAUGGUUUAUACAGUAGUGAAAGAAAGCCAUAGCCAACCAGUAUUUGUCCUGUUUAAAUUGAACACUUUGUAUGGAGGUUCUCACUACUACUGCCAAUGCUAUUUGCAGUUGUCUGACGUCAAGAAAUUCUUGUUCCUAGAGGCAAUGGGAUAUUUAUUCCAUCAAGCAGGACUAAGAGAAUGAUCUUCCCUUAAAAAAAUUGUUUUUUUUUUUUUCAGUUCUGUUAGAAAAUCUUGACCUGGCCACAAAAUAAAAGAUUAAUAUUGCUCAGCUUUCAUGGGUCUGUGGCUCACUGAAUCAAAUUAAGAAAUUGUGUUUUGGCAACUGGUAAUUUAGCUCAUCAGCCUUAGAACAAGAUAUAGCUUGCAAUAAGUAUUUUACUUUUCUUUCUUAUUGUUGAUAGUAGUCACAAUUCUAGAUUUAGAUUUGUUGACUCUGGGUUUUUGUUACUGGAUUUAUAGUAUCAGUGACUAAGGCAAGAGACACUAAUUAAAUCAUGAUGAAUCAUGAAAACAAUUACAAUGAAUGAUGUUUAAUACAAUACAGUCUGCUUCUCUGAAACUAGAGUGAGUAAACUAUUUUAAGUAACAGCUGUGAAGACUCAAGUAUGGCAUACAUGAGCAGCAUAAAACUGGUUUAACUCCAACACAGGCAGACUUAUGUUCAGUGUUCUGAUGCCAAACUUAUUUCAAACUUCCUUUACCGUGAACUUUAGAACAAAUUUUUACUCUCUUUUAAAAUGUUUUUAAGACACACAAGUACAGACACACACACACACACACCACCAAUUAAGCUAGAAUAAUAUCAAGCUCCAUAAAAAAAUUAUGAUACUUAUUUUUCACCUAAUAACUGGGUAUUCAGUUGGUGUUCCAUAGGUAAAAUUUUAAAGUGCGUUACAUUGUUUAAAUUAUGUUCAUCUGCAGUGAUACAAAGUAGCAGUGUGAAUAGAAUGAAUAUCAUCUUGAACAUUCUACUUUUUGACUAUACUGACACUUUCCUCACAGACUGGAAAAGCCUAAUAAAAUAAUUGUUAUUUUAUAAGUUCAUUUGCUUAUGUAUCAAGAUGUUUGGAAAAUUAGUUGCUCUUAACAUGCACUGAUAUUAACUUGAAUUUUUCCUUAUUAAAGUCAAGGGCCUCAUACUCAUUUUCAUUUUUACUUUUAGUAAAGUGUUCUCAUAAAAUAUCUCUUUAAGCUUUUGUUUGUAUCAUUAUUGUUUACAGAUGAAUUAUUGCUUAGUUGUUCUUUACAAAAUACAGUCACUGUGCACGCAUUUUAUGUUUUUCAGCAAGAGGGUUUGUGUGGAAGUCAGCAAAAUAAAAACUUUCCUUGACUCUUA